GUCCUGUCUACAGUGCUGGAGAAACCUGGAAGGAUUUUUUUCAUGUUCAUUAAUUAUUUGAGAAACUGGAACUCAACAUGUCACAAUUGGAGGGUGCAAAGGUGCAGCAGUCUCAUAAACCCAUCACUACGGUGCUGCUGGGAACAAACAGCAGUAACAAGUGUCUGAUUGGUAACGCUAUCCUCCGGCAACACUGCUUUCUUGCUGGACCACAAAUGAUUAAAUCAUUAGAUAACACAUCCGUCCGUAUUAUCAACACUCCAGAUAAUCUCUCAGAACAAGAAGCUACCAGUAAAGAAGAGCUGAACCCAUCAUAUCCAGGUCCACGUUUAUUUCUCCUGGUGCUAGAAGAUAACAAGAUCUCACAAGAAGAAAUGAAGAUACUCGACUACCUGAAAGAGAGAUUUGGAAAGAACAUUUUGGAAAACAUAAUCAUUGUGAAGGUUAGCGGCGAAGAGGAAAGUUCUGAAGGUUCUGACACAAAGGUUCUGAAUGAGUGUGGGGGGAAAAUUUCUGUUUGUAAGAAUCAAGACGUAAAAGAAUCUGAUCUGAUGGAGCAACUGAUUGAGAAAUGGGACAAAAUACAGAAGCGGCUUCGUAAAGCAAGCAUCUGUGUAGAACACACAUAUGAGGAUCUUGAUGCCAUUAAGCAGAAAGAGUCGACAGAUAAAGGGGAGGACGCAAAUGUCCAGCAGCCUCAUAAAGACAUUAGUCUGGUUUUGCUGGGAUUGAACAAGAACAAAUGUAUGAUCGGCAACGCAAUUCUUCAAGAAGAUUGGUUUGGUGCUGCAAGAGAAAAGCCCCAGAAGGUGAAACAAGUAGAAGAUCGGUCGAUCUGUGUUAUCAACACUCCAGAUAAUCUCUGCUGGCCGAUCCCUGCAAAACCAGAUGAGCUGAACCCAUCAUAUACAGAAGAGCUGAACCCAUCAUAUCCAGAGCCACGCGUGUUUCUCCUGGUGCUAGAAGAUAACAAGAUCUCACAAGAAGAAAUGAAGAUACUCAACUUCCUGAAAAAGAGAUUUGGAGUGAAAAUGGUUGACAAUACAAUCGUUGUACUGGUCAGAGGUGAAGAGGAACAUUCUGAAGAGCCAUAUGAGCGAGCGGAUGAGAGACUGAAAAAAGUUCUGGACGAGUGUGGAAAGAGAAUUUGUGUUUAUAAGAAGAAUCAAGACAUGAAAGAAUCAGAGCUGGUGAAAGAGUUAAUGGAGAUGUGGGACAAAAGGGAACCAAACUCUGCAUCUGAAGAGCACGUGUACGAGGACGUUGAUGACCUUGGACUAAUGAAGAUGAAGCAGACAGAUGAGAGCAACGGGGAAAAUGCUCAGUCACCUGCACACAUCACAGUGCUGUUGCUGGGAAAGAACAACGAUCACAAGUGUCUGAUAGGAAACAUCAUUCUCGAGGAAAAGCGAUUCAAGUCAGAAGUCUGUGAGACAAAUACAGGAAAAGUAGAAGAUCAGAAUGUGUUACUUAUCAAAACUUCAAACUCUCUGAACUCAGACGAACACAUGACUGAAGAGAUGAAGCCGUCUUACACGGGUCCUCGUGUGUUCCUCUUGAUACUGCAGGGACAUGAUGUGUCUCAAGAUGAGUUUGAGAUGUUUCUACAUUUGAAGAAGUGCUUUGGAGAGCAUGUAGGGGAAAAUACCAUUUUAUUGGUUGACUGUGAAAAACCUUUACUGGACAAAUCUAAGUCGCACUUCACUGAAAAGCUUCUGAGUAAGUGUGAAAACAAAGUGUGUUAUUAUAACAAAGACGAAACUAAACACAAACUGGUUGAAGAACUGAUGAAAUACACAACAAUCAUGCAGACGGCUCUAAAAUCUGCUGGAGAACGAACCAACACUGACAGUCUCAGAGGCCGACCUGUUAACUUCGGUGGGACAAAUGAAAAUAGUUCAAUGUGCGAGGAACCAACACCAGACAUGUCAGGUCAAAAACAACCAGACGUGUUAGUUCAUCAGGAGCUUCCAAGAACAGUUCAUGAGGAGCAUCAGACGCGGCACAUGAGUACCUCCUCCAUCAAGACCAUUGUGUUGCUGGGACAGACAGGAAGUGGAAAGAGCGCUACAGGAAACACCAUCCUUGGAAAGCCGUAUUUUCAGUCUCACGCCAGUUCUGUGCCGGUAACACAGGUGUGCCAGAAAGAAGAAGUAACAGUCUGUGGAGAAAAGAUCAGAGUCGUGGACACCCCAGAUUUCUUUAGUGAAGAUCUUAAAAACCAAGAGGAACAGCUGAGAUCAUGUAAAGAUCUCAUUCAGCACGGGCCUGUUGUGUAUUUACUGGUGAUGGAGCUCGGCCGUUUCACAGAUGGAGAGAGAGAGGUUCUGCCACGCUUGAAGAAAGAGUUUGGUGAGGACAUGACCACAAAAACUGUGAUUCUCUUCACCAAUAAAGAGAAACUGAAAGGCAAGACUUUGACAGAUUACAUCAAUGAAACCGAUGAAGAACUUCAGAAAAUGAUUCAAAACUGUCACUCAAGGUGUUGUGCAUUUAACAACAACAAGAAAAGCAGUCAUCAGGUGAAGGAGCUCAUGGACCUCGCUUUGAGUACACAGACUGACAGAAAUAUGCUGUUAGAGAAAUCCUCACAUCAUAAGAAACAAAAAAAAAACUUACAUGAGCUUAAAAAUGUCAAAGAGUGCAGAAUUUUGUAAAUAAGACAAAACAUCUUGUUUGGAUCUCUCAGAAAAAAAGUGGAUCUCUGUCUAGCAAAGAUGUCUCAUCAUGGAAUCCUUUUCUUAUUUCAUGUAUGUGUAUUUGCAGAUAAUGAUGAUGAUUUUGCAAUGAAUUUAAUGGACUGCAAAAACAUCUUGAUUGUACAAAAGACCUGACUGUCUUAAUAAAAAGAUCCAUAUAUCGCAAUCUCACUUGAUUAUUGCAGUUGAAUGAAUAAGUCGCCCAAAAAUGAUAUUCUGUCAUCAUUUAACAUUCUUGUCAUUUCAAACCUGUAUGACUUUAUUUCUUCUACAGAACAUUAAACAGGAUAUUUGGAGUAAUGCUGAAAAUUUUCAUAAUACUUUCUAUGGACAUUCACAGUCCUUGAUAUGUACAUCCAGCAUUAUGGUUACAGACCUCACGUGAGAAGAAAAAUAAAUGUGGUUGUCAAUCCUAAAUACUGACAGUUUGAACUGUGAACGUUGCCGAGGUCCAAAUAUUAACUAAACCUAUAAUAGACGCUUCAAAUGUUUGACUUCAGACCUGCUCUGAGUGCAAUCUGAAUGUGAUGUUCACAUGAAAACUGUGACAAUCGAGGUUCAGGAAGAUCCAAAAUGCAUCUUUAUUUAAAGGGGUAUAAUCCAAAAUCGUAAUCCACCAAAGGGGUCGAAACAGGCAGCUAUCGAAAUCACGUGACCAAUGACGUCCAAAGCGUCGUUCACAGAAAAAUUCACAUGAAAGAAGCUUCGUUUCACACAGACCCACGUGACUGCUUCGUACUUUGUUCGACUUGAUGACUGACUCUUGCGGUACUUUGAUGUCAUCCGCCAGUCGGAUAUUGCGGCGCCGCAUAAAAUCUUACGUAAACUUCCAUAUGAGUGGAGGGGCGUGGUUAAAACAUGCCCAACAUCGCUAUGAAAUAUAAACUCGAUUUUUUGGGGAUUUCACAUAUUCAACUGGUAUAUUUCCAGGUACGAAUUGAAACACAGCAGCUACGUCUCUUGAGGAAUAAAGGUUAAUUUUACAAUGUUUUAACUGACCACAGCCUCGAUGACGUAUACAGCCAUCACACUAGGACGCAGAUCAUACACAUCCCAACUCUCGCACAUUUCAGGUGGAUUUUCUCUUCAACCUUUAAUGUAAAAUAAACAUUUCUAAUAAAGAUUUGUUCAUCGAGAAUUUAAAUAUUUCCUCGUUUGACGCGUCACAGUAGUCCUUUGGCGCCCUCUAACGGCAAAGUUUGG